AUGUUGCGUGUGAGGGUGGGGUACUUGAGUGAGGGGGCAUGUAUUUCAUGUACAAGAAAUACAACUGGGUUUAACUGUGAAAGAUGUAGAGAUGGGUACAGAGGGGAUGCCAUUAAUUAUAAAAACUGUACAGCUAUCAGUGAUCUAGAUAAAGAUCUACUCCCAUUACCAGCUGGUUAUAUUGCUGGUAUAGUGAUAGCUGUUAUCUUAGUCUUAUCUUUUAUACUGGCUUUUAUUGUUUAUAAAUGGUGGAAAUUCCCCACCAUGAAACCAUUCUGGACAGUGGAGCUUAAAGAGGAUCAUGAAGGCGUCAGCUUUAGUGCCGUGGACGAUCAAGAAUUUCUGAAAGCCACAGAAACCAGGAAUAAAGAAGGACAAUUCUAUGAGAAGCAAGGGCGAGGAAUGAAGUAUGCACAGCUACGAGAAGAUGUUUAA